CGCUUGACCGCCUGCAGAGAGGCGGGGGAUUGAACAGAGACUGACUGACUGGAGGUCUGGAGGUCUGCUGCUGCGGAGGAAUAAAGUCAGAGCCUCCGACAGUGAAAUAGGUGGGGAAAGUUGCUGCUAACUAGCUGUACGGUGGACGCGGAACACGGAGACUCAACACUGGAGCUCUUAAAGUCCAGCAGUUCCCCCGGUCAGACAUGAGAAGCCCUCCAGGCCUGGGUCGCUGAGCAGCUGAGGUCACAGUUCAAGUGCUUGUUCCGGCAGCCAUGGCGGACAGGGAGGGGCCGCCCAUCGCUCCGGGCCAGAUCUACAUCGAGGUGGAGUUCGACUACGAGUACAAGGCCAAAGAGAAGAUGGUGGCCAUCCGCCAGGGAGAGUGCUACAUGCUGGUGAAGAAGACCAACGAGGAUUGGUGGCAGGUGAAGAAGGAGGAGGGCAUGAAGGCCUUUUACGUGCCGGCGCAGUACGUCAGGGAGGUGCGCCGGGCGCUCAUGCCCCCGCAGAAGCCCACGUUGAGGGCCAAGCCCACCGUUUUGGAUAUCUGCCGCGCGUCCAAUGAAAACCUCAACAGACCCCAGCCGGAAAUGUCCAGCUUCGGGCGCCCGUCGCCUUCUUCGACGCCGUCGCCAUCCUCCGAUCGCGUCACGCCGCCGGCUCUGUCCAAGGACGCUAACCAGAACGUGGGGAGCCCCCAUCACUGCAAGAUGGUAGCCGAACUGGUGCUGCUGCACAACAACAACAACCAUCACCACGCCAACAGUUCCACGUUGCCAAGGACACGGGCGGACUCGCCUCCGCUCAAAGUGGGGAACAACCACAACAAAAGUCCGGACAGCGACAAGGCGUCCCCGCCGAGCGAGCUGCCGGGAGAUCGGCUGAACAAGCUCCACAACGACUCGGAGUCGGGGGACGAGCUGAGCAGCAGCUCGACGGAACACAUGCAGACAACAUCCCCUACAGGCCAGGGCCGGUCUGACUCGCCGGUCUACACCAACCUCCAGGAGCUGAAGAUCUCUCAGUCCAGCCUGCCGCCCGUCCCCUCCAGCUCCCCUCUCCACAUCCUGGGCGACUGGGAGACCCACAAAGACCUGAGCGGCAGGCAUUUCUACUACAACCGCGCCACCGGAGAGCGCACCUGGAAGCCACCGCGCACCAGGGACGCCAGCGGCAGCACCAGCAGUAUGCGAGGAGACAGCCAGAGCACGGUGGAGAGUGAGCCGCUGUCCUCAGAGGAAAACUGUCACAGCACCCACUCGAGUCAGUCCGACAGCCAGUACGGGUCGCCCCCCAGAGGCUGGUCCGAGGAGCUGGAUGAGCACGGACACACUCUCUACGUCUCUGAGUACACACAGGAGAAGUGGAUAAAACAUGUGGAUGAACAAGGCCGGCCCUACUAUUACAGCUCUGACGGGUCCAGGUCAGAAUGGGAACUACCUAGGUACAACAUCUCCCCUCAGUCCGGCGAGGUUCCCAAGAGUCGCAGUCUGGAGAGGAAGCAGCAGGAUCCCAUCGUCCUCACCAAGUGGAGACACAGCACCUACGUCUUAGACCUCAACGACAAGGAGUGUGCUACGGCGCCCAAGCAGAGCUCUCCAGACUCUGACUCCUGCCCCUCAUCUCCUAAGCACCCCUCGACUCCCUCAGAGAAGUGCGGAGUCCUCAAUGUCACCAAAAUCACAGAGAAUGGAAAGAAAGUCAGGAAGAACUGGACCUCGUCGUGGACGGUGCUGCAGGGUUCCUCGCUGCUCUUUGCAAAGGGUCAGGGGGGCAGCACCAGCUGGUCGUACUACCGCAGCGGCUCCAUCCCUGAGCUGCUCCUCACUCUCCUUAGCAACUGGAAGCGCUCAGUCAAGCCCCGUCCUGCUGUCUCCUAUGUGAACUGUAGGCCUGUGCAGGCUGCCGCUAAGUUUGGGGGCAACCAGUCGAAGCCUGAGUUCACCGUUGAUCUGCGAGGGGGGUCGGUGGAUUGGGCCUCCAAGGACAAGUCGAGCAAGAAACACGUCAUCGAGCUGAAGACUCGUCAAGGGACGGAGCUGCUGAUCCAGUCAGAGAUCGACAGCGUCAUCAACGACUGGUACCGGGCCCUCACCGAGACCAUCAACACACAUGCCUGGGAGUCAGAUGAGGCCAUUGAGGAGGACAUGCCCGAGUCUCCAGGAGCUGAGAAACAGGACAAGGAGAAAGACCACCGGGACUCCAAGAAGAACAGAGUGAUGAAGACCUCUGUGAGUAUGGACUCGUCAGAUCAGAAGAAAACCAGGUUGAAGCUCAAGAAGUUCCUGACACGUCGUCCCACCUACCAGGCCGUCAGAGACAAGGGAUACAUCAAAGAUCAGGUGUUUGGCUGCAGUCUGACCAGUCUGUGCCAGCGAGAGAACACAUCAGUGCCCAACUUUGUCACAAUGUGUAUCGACCACGUGGAGAACGAAGGUCUCGAUAUUGACGGCUUGUACAGAGUGAGCGGGAACCUGGCGGUCAUCCAGAAGCUCCGCUUUGCUGUCAAUCACGAUGAGAAGGUGGAUCUGAACGACAGCAAGUGGGAGGACAUUCACGUCACCACCGGAGCUCUCAAGAUGUUCUUCAGGGAGCUCCCCGAGCCUCUCUUCACAUACGGAUCCUUCGAAGACUUUGUCGAAUCCAUCAAAUCCUCCGACUACAAGCAGCGAGUGAAUUCAAUCAAAGACUUAAUAAACAAGUUGCCAAAACCCAACCACGACACAAUGCAAGGCCUCUUCGAACACCUGCGCAGGGUGAUUGACCACGGGGAGGCCAACCGAAUGACCACCCAGAGCGUGGCCAUCGUGUUCGGACCCACGCUGCUCCGGCCCGAGACCGAGACGGGCAACAUCGCGGUCCACAUGGUCUACCAGAACCAGAUAGUGGAGCUCAUACUGCUCGAGUACGAAAGCAUCUUCGGCAGGUAGAGGCACUCAGAGAAAUAGAUUGCCGGGCUUUUUCAAAACACGGACUUCUUCUUUUUCUUUUACCCUAACCCUAUUCCCCCCCGCCCUCCUUUUCUUUGACUGAACUGAACAUUGCUGUGGACCAAGCAGUUGGGAGAUAAAAAAAAAUUACCUUCAUUGACAGGACAGUUUUACGAAAAGGGUCGCACUUAACAGAAGUUUUGGAGAAGAAUUUUAAAAAAAAGAAAAAAGGUGUACAGAUUUCACCCGCUACUUCUUCUUCUUCUUCUUCAGUUGCCAUUCCUGCUGCGAGUAUAGCGGGACCGGACAAACGGACAGUGUUUCAGAGUGAUGACGUGGUGACGUCCGUGUGAUUUUUGGUGGAUUUUGAGUAUUCAGGUGUUUUCACAUACACUGGAUCCCCGUGGCCAGUAAUUCAAAACGGUGGCUGGCACCCUUCGCCUCCCAGGUGGAAGCCGACCGGACUUUGGUGGAUCGCGGCGGGGGGAGCGCGUGUGGCAUUAAUAGCCAAAACCGGCGACCUCAUCACCUCGCUGAAUCUGAACUGGUUUUUCUGUGUCGUGGAGCUUCGUCUGUGAUGUAUAAGCCCUGAUCAGGUUUGGGAAAAAAAUAAAUAAUCAGUGUUACGUUAACGGACUGUCUUUUGGCAUUUGGAUGAACUGGAGUUACAGAUCGUGUCCCCAACUUACCUUAGCGACACCAUCACCCCCCCUCCACUCCUCUCCGCCCCUCCUUCCAGCCAGUGUUAACCAUUAACCCUGUGACAUGAGCGUCCUGUGACUUGAAUGACGGGAGGACAAACCCUCCGUCUGUCUGUGUGUGUGUGAGUGAAUUAACCCUAAAUGGAAUAAAACCUGAGCAGAAGCAUCCUCGUCUUGCCACUUUGUACAAACUGUGUUGUCGUGUAGUCUUGCGUGCUUUUGGUAAAGUUUCCGUUAAACUGCCGGGUCAUCAUCGUCUGUGCUCCUUCAUCAACUUCAAUGUUGGUUUUAUUCAGUGGCAGGAAACGCCACCGAGGUCCUGGUGUUACUGGAAAACAACAUUUCUUGGGGACUGCAAUGUUACCAAUGUUGACAUGAAUUGUGUGACUGUUGGCGUGACGACCCUUCUCAUCACCCUAAGCUAACGUUAAAGAGUAUUCAGAGAAGGGAGACGGCAUUGAGAAUAUCUCACAGGUUGAUGUAUGGGAGCGUAUGGGUGUUAAAAUGCAAAGAGGAGCCUUUAAAAAAAAAAAAAAAAACUUUCAGAGCAUUAUGUACAGAGACAGAAACUAGUUGUUAAAACGUGUUAUAGUGACUGAGGUAUGUAUGCUUUGAUGGUGAACUAGUGGAAGAUGAUUUUGAUUUAGCAAAUUUGAAUUAAAACAUACACAAUACACAGAUUGCGAAGAAAAACAAACACACGAAUCGACUGUUACUUUUGUUUGAAGGUGUACCUGGAGUGUUUGCGCAUGGUUCAGCUGCACAUUCUGAAUGUAAUUUUCAGGCUAACUGCUGUUUGUGAAACUGCUAUGUCUAAUAAAAAAAGACAAACUAAA